AUCCAGGGCCUGAAGAGCAGGCUAAGCAAACCUCCACUGCUGGGCCAAUUUUCCUAGGCCCUCACUGGGGCGUUUUAGGCAGGGGCUCUACCACUGAGCCACACCCCAGCCCUUUACUGGGGGAUUCUAGGCAGGGGCUCUACCAUUGAGCUGCAUCUUACAUCCUCUUUUGACUUUUUAUUUUGUGAAAUCUCACCAAAUCGUUCAGUCUGACCUUAACUCUGUAUCCUAGGCUGGCCGUGAAUUAUUAGCAUUUCUCCUGCCUCAGCUUCCCUGGUAGCUUGCAUGACAGGCCUCCGCCGACUUAGAUUAAUAGAGAAGCUGAAGGAUUUCCCAGGCCUCUGGGGGUGGGCCCAUGGAAAUGGAGAAGUCUGUGUGAGCAUAUGGGACACCCCGCACCAGCACUGGCUGGCUCCAUCCCUUCCAAGUGUGUGCUUUGGUGUGGGUAAAAAGGGCUAGCUCUGAAGUGUGACAUUGGGACUGCUAGGGAUUGAAAGAGACCCACAAGGUCACUGGACAGUGUUUAGCAUGUGGGGAAUGGGGACAAAUGUUAGCGCUCACUAUCUUGAUUGUGUGUGAGUGUGCAUGCACAUGAGCUCACGACAGUUGAGCAGGACAGGUGGGAGAGGUGCACAGAGAACAGGAGUUUAUUACAGGCCUCCAGGGUGACGCAAAGGCAGACUGUUAGGGCCCGAGCUGUAUGGAAAGGGGCUCUGGGCUGAGUGAGCCUCGCUGGGGAACUACGGAGGGUUUGCUGCUAAGAGAAGCCCAGUGGGACUGGGGCUGGCAUGAGGAUCAAGAGCAGAGGCUGAGCCAGGGAGGGGUGAGGGCUAGGGUAGGGGGCAAAACCCAGGCUUGAGCUGGGACUGGGGAGAACGCUGAAGGGGCAGACCCAAGGGUAGGGCAGACAAUGGAGGUGAGGCUGCAGCCAGGACCCCCCUCUGCACGUGCCCCACCAACUUGGCAUUAUUUCUGCCAUACACCCACCCAGGAGCCCAGGGAGUCAGCUCAGGCCCCAGCUAGAAGCCUGCAGUGUGUGGGCAGAGCCAGGCAGGCUCCAAGCUGUCUGUGGGAGCCACUCCCGGAACCCGGGCCUCUUGCCACCUGGCUCCUGACACCCUACUCCCCAAAACACCCCGAGGCCCUCACAGUUCUGAGUUAGGAACAGCUAGUGGGGACAAGGCAUUGUUUAAAUCCUGUUUUCUGGACCAAGUGAUCUUGGACAUCAGCUUUCACCUCUCAGAGCCUCAGUUUCCCCCAUCGUACAGAUAGGGAUAAUAAGCUGAAUGUGAUGGUGCACACCUGUGAUCCUAGCACUUGGAGAGCUGAGGCAGGAGGAUGGCAAAUUCAAGGCCAGCCUGGACAUAGCAAAACACCACCCCACCUCUUCUCUCCAAGAAAAGAUUUGUUACGAUCAACGCUGCGACAUGCAAGAGGUCACCCUGAGCCUGCUGGUCCUCCUAGCAGGCCUGCCUGCUCUGGAUGCCAAUGACCCCGAAGAUAAAGACAGCCCCUUCUACUAUGAUUGGUACAGGCUUCGAGUCGGUGGGCUCAUCUGUGCAGGGAUCCUCUGUGCCGUGGGCAUCAUAGUUCUUAUGAGUGAGUACGGAGCUCUGGAUGGGGGAGAGAACAGGGAAGAGUCGGUGUGUUCCUCUGACUGUAUCCUUCUCCAACAGGUGGAAAGUGCAAGUGCAAGUUCAGCCAGAAGCCCAGUCACCGUCCAGGGGAUGGGCCACCUCUCAUCACACCAGGCUCUGCUCACAACUGCUGAAGAUGGACCAGUUGAAGAGCACAGCACACCUCUGAGCCAGGUCCUGGCUCUGGAGGUGGGCCUGAACUCCAAGACGGCCGUCCUGUCCUCUCCUGACACUGCCUUGCCUGGGUCUCAUCUUACCUCUCUCAUGAUAGCUGGAUCUUUGUUCAGUUUCUAAUCUAAAAUGGUCGUGCUCAGGUGAACUCA